AUGUCCGAGUCUCCACCUGGCAGGAUGACAGCACUCCCUAGACACAACCCCAUUACCUCCUACCUCUAUGCGAACGUACCGACCAGAUACUGGGCGCUGCUUUGGCUGUUCAGAGGCUCCUCCGUCCACCCCAUGACUAUCGUCCGGAAGCUCGUGUUUUCCCCACUGACUUUGACGCUACCAAGGCCUUUACCACUACCAAGAGCCUUGCGCGAGAAUGAAAGUCUUGUGUGGAAGAGGUACGAUGGCAUCCACGCACUUCGAUACGUACGAAGGUUUCGGUCCCAUGAUAAACCAAUCUACUCGGUCUAUCGCAUGUGCGAGUUCAUCUGCUCAGACGAAGGCGAUCAGCUCAUGACCGAGACUGACUACUUCUUGGCCAGAACGAACUGGCUGCUCGAAAAUAUAGCCGAUCCGGAUGAAGACAAUCCAGAACGACGUGCUCUUUUGGCCGCAACCAUUGAAAGUCUUGUUGACGCUUUCAACGAAAAGCACGAUCUCGGAGUGACACGUAAAGGCGUGGUUGUCCCGAGACAAGCGUGUCCAAGAUGGGUAGAGGAAGUUCCUCCACUAGAUCGUUUUCUUGACUUGGUGCAAGAAGAGGAAGAGUUCUUCGAAUCGUCCAUCGAACGGACUGAUCCAUUCACGUUGCGCAACAUUAGAGCACAUUCAGCGCAUAUUUUCAACUUUUGA